GUGCCACGUGAUACGCGUCGGACCAAUCAGAAUUGGAGAAAUGCGCAGCGCUUCCUGGUGUCCUACACUUAACUGCGCUUGAGACUAGAAGCUUCUGCCCUCUCUGCUCUGCACGAUUGCACCACGGUCAGGAUUCGUCUGCCCUCGCACUGGUUAAGAAACUGCAACAUGUCCAUCCUAAAGAUCCAUGCUCGUGAGAUUUUCGACUCCCGUGGAAACCCCACGGUGGAGGUUGAUCUGUACACCAAGAAAGGACUCUUCAGAGCUGCAGUCCCCAGUGGUGCUUCUACUGGCAUCUAUGAAGCCCUUGAACUCCGCGACAAUGACAAAACACGUUAUAUGGGCAAAGGUGUCUCAAAAGCUGUUGAGCAUAUCAAUAAAACAAUUGCACCUGCUCUGGUUAGCCAGAGCGUGUCAGUCGUUGAGCAGGAGAAGAUCGACAAGCUUAUGCUUGAUAUGGAUGGCACAGAAAACAAAUCAAAGUUUGGUGCCAAUGCCAUCCUGGGUGUUUCCCUAGCUGUGUGCAAGGCUGGUGCUGCAGAGAAGGGCGUCCCCCUCUACCGCCACAUUGCAGACCUCGCCGGCAACCCUGAAGUCAUUCUACCAGUACCUGCCUUCAAUGUUAUCAACGGUGGCUCUCAUGCUGGUAACAAGUUGGCCAUGCAGGAGUUCAUGAUCCUUCCUGUUGGCGCCAGCACCUUCAAAGAGGCCAUGCGCAUUGGUGCUGAAGUGUAUCACAACUUGAAGAAUGUUAUCAAGCAGAAGUAUGGGCAGGAUGCCACCAAUGUUGGCGAUGAAGGCGGCUUCGCUCCUAACAUCCUUGAAAACAAAGAAGCUCUUGAGCUCCUGAAGAACGCUAUUGGCAAAGCUGGCUACACUGAUAAGAUCGUGAUUGGCAUGGAUGUGGCCGCCUCAGAGUUCUACAAGGGCGGCAAGUACGACCUGGACUUCAAGUCACCUGACGACCCCAGCCGUUAUAUCACCCCCGAUCAGCUGGCUGAUCUCUACAAGAGCUUUGUCAAGGAUUAUCCCGUGGUCUCCAUCGAGGAUCCAUUUGACCAGGAUGACUGGGAGGCCUGGUCCAACUUCACUGCCAGUACCAACAUCCAGGUGGUGGGUGAUGACCUCACAGUGACCAACCCCAAACGCAUUGCUAAAGCCGUGUCUGAUAAGGCCUGCAACUGCCUGCUGCUCAAGGUCAACCAAAUCGGAUCUGUCACCGAGUCUCUGGAGGCAUGUAAGAUGGCCCAGUCCAACGGCUGGGGUGUGAUGGUCAGUCAUCGUUCUGGAGAAACAGAAGAUACUUUUAUUGCUGACCUGGUGGUCGGACUCUGCACCGGCCAGAUCAAGACUGGUGCUCCCUGCCGAUCCGAGCGUCUGGCCAAGUACAAUCAGCUGCUGAGGAUUGAAGAGGAGCUCGGUGAUAAGGCUCGCUUCGCUGGCAAGAACUUCAGGAAGCCCAUCUGAAGCAGCACCUUUAAUUGGUCUUAGUGUGUUUAUCAUGCUUAGUCUCCCACACAUAACGCCAAGCAAAGUCAACUGCUGUAGAAUGGAGACCAGUUGGAAACGCAGUGAAUUCAAAGGUCCAGUUCUGUAGUCUAUGACACUGAACACUGCUCUCUGUGUUAACCCUUCUUGCUAUCCCAUCUAUGCUUUGUAAUUCAAAUAAAUUAAGUCAUUUAAUUGUG